AUGCUGCCACCGAUACCAGCAAACACCUUCAGUCUCCCCGCCGAGCUCCAGGGCGGCAUUGGCACCAUCUCGCUGCGGCGCCCGCUGUACGCCGCCGAGCUGUUUACGCGCAACCAGCUAGCCAACCUAUUACCGGGGCAAAUGCCUCCGGGAUCCGGUCCCGGCGGCGCCCCGCAACCAGUGGGCCUUGCGCCUCAGCCGCAGCCGUCGGCGCCGUCGCCCUACCCACCAUCGCAAGCGUUCUUCCAGGGCCACCCGGCACCUCGUAUGGCUCCGUACGCGAUUAUGAAUAAUGCCACCCACUUCAAAUCGCCGUUGGAAAGCGUGGGCGAGAAAUUGGGCCUGAUGCUGCUCAAUUCGAACUACUCGGAGUUCCAGCAGCGGCGACCACUGCAAUUGGUCGAUUUCCAACAGGGCGUCCACCCCACGGGUCCUCCUGGCGGUCCCGGCUCUUACCGCAGCCCUCCUCAAGGGCUUGCGCCGCAAACGGGAUCUCCCGUACCCCCAGCUGCCACUACUGGUGCUACCGGUACUCCCCCUACGGGUGCGGCGCCGCUGAGACUGUCGCCACCUAAACUGGGUCUCUCCCUUGAAAACGGGCUUAUGCUUAAUAACCAGUACAUCGUGGCGCUGCCUGACCUCAAGGCGCUUUACGCCAAGACGAUGGCAUACUUCCAGGACCCCCAGAUGACGCAACAGAUCAUCAGCCAACUCCACAAUCUCCUUACCCAACCGCCAAUUGUGAAACUUAUUACGUUCAUUAAGAACCUUAAUAACUUGACGUUUCACAAUAAGAUCUUGUGUCUUGUGAUCAACAAAAACGGCAAAUUCGAUCUUUUGAGUUACCCCACCAACCUGAACAUCUAUUUGCAAAAAGAUGAUCUUGUCAUCGUUGACGGUGAUCGGGGCAAAGACCUUGUGAUGAUUGUGGAGCCAUUGGUCAAUUUGAACUUUGCCAUAUUGUUUAACUUCUUAAAGAAGCUUGAACACUUGAAGAGUUUGACGAUUACCGACCACAAGCCCCACCAAAACGGGCUGGGGAGAUUCCAAUCGCUGAACCAUAAAGCUAAUGGUACUCAUUCCACUCAAUUGGAUGCGCUGGCGAUCAUAAACUCCCACGCCAAUGAGGAUAAUGAGUUUAUCAUCACUUUGCCCACUAAGCAAGUGCUUCGUUUCGCUACACCUAAAGAAGUACACAAGGUGCUGGGUAAGUUUUUGGAAGAGAAGAAAGCGUUCAUCACUUGCUACAACAAGAUCAACGAGCUCAACUUGGCCGACGACUUGCAGCUCAUCAAUGUGGAAUACCAGCUCGACUUUAAGAAAUUGAUUUUCUACUACUUUGCCGGGUUCAAGCGCAUUGACUUCCGCGGGCUUAUCAAGGAGUUGUUCAAGAUUUAUAAGACACGGAUCUGGUUAUGUGCGGUGUUGCCCUACGACCGGCCCCAGCUCUACGUGACGAUGGAGCCGCGUGACUUCCGCCCCGCCCCGCCGCCUCAGGAUAAGCUGGGGCUCCAUCAGCACGCCACCAUCCCCCACGAAUACGAGCUCAGCAACGACCAGAUUCUCAACUUCAGCAUUGGCGAAUUUGACUCGUUGGCGCCGCCCAACUACUUCCACCUGGCCAACCUCCAGAAUUUGAUCCGCCAUCUCCAAAACGAGAUCCUGGGUCACUUCUACGGGUUCAACGCCGAACGGGGGUCGCCGGUGAAGAGCGCGCUGGUGCUGCUGGCGUCGGCGGGCGACAAGUUGGCGCCCACGUUCAAUCCGUUUGACGAUAAUGACAUUUUCAAGCUGAACUUUCAGUUGAACAAGUAA